AUGGUUGCAAGGGUUCAGGAGGUAAUCCCAAAGGUCCAAGGCAAUCCCAAAGGUCCAGAGGCGAUUCCAAAGGUCCAGAGACAAUAUCCCGAGUCCAGUGGCGACUCCGAGCGUCCAGAGACAAUUUCAGGCGUCCAGCAACAAUUUCGAGAGUCCAGCAAUGAUGUCGAGCGUCCAGCGACGGUUUCGAGUGUCCAGUAG